AUGACGGACAGCAAGCGCAAGGCAAACGGCCAUUCGGCCACAGAGACAGAUGAUCGAUCCGCCAAACGUCGCAAGUUGGCAGAGUUCGAUCUCUCCAAGGGCGAAUCCCGUGAAUCAACUACAGCCUACGGCCUUGCCUUUCUCGAGCAAAUACGUCGCACUGCUGACAAAAGUGGACGGCUCGUUGCGACAUAUUUUGAGAACCUGCUUCCCCGGGAAGGAAAUGCAGAAUAUUAUAAGCGGACUCGGAUGCCUAUUUGUUUGACAUCUAUUGAAGAGAAACUCAACAAAGGAGAUUUCAAGAACCUCGCGGAACUAGAAAGUUAUUUCAAACGAAUGAUUGCAAACGCGAAAGAGUUUUACCCUCGCUCAUCAGCCGUGUUCGAAGAUGCUGAACGCGUUAGAAAAGCAUUAAGUAAUUACAUGACCAAGACAAAUCCAGCCUAUCAAACGCGGACCUAUCAGGCAGUACCAACUCCGCUGCCACCUGAAGAUGGUGAAGAAGUAGAGGAAGAAGAGGAGGAAGGAGAUGAAGAUGCUGAAGGUGAAGAAGAGCCAGCCCAGGAGCAAGAAGACGAGGACGGCGAAGAAGAAGAGGAGGAGGGGGAGGAGGGUGAGGGGGAUGAUGAAGAACCAGCUUCCAGGCGCAGAUCCAUCAUCUUAAAACGGUCCAGAGGCCGACCUUCGCGGAACUCGACAUCACAUACAAACAGUCCGCGUCGAGCCAGACCGGCUGGCCGUCCGGACCAAGAGUAUAAGAAUGUACCAUUCAAGGGGUUGAACUUCCAGCAGGCACAAGAAAAGAUUGUCGAGGAGCUACUGCGUUACAAGGAGCCAGAGUACGAGGGAUAUUUUGAACCAUUCGUCAAUCUGCCACCCCGCGCCUUGAGAGAUUACUAUCGAGUCAUUUCCGACCCUUUGUCACUAAAGAAGCUUCAGAAAGAAGUCUUGGGCAUCCAAGGCCGUGGAGACCCCACAGGCAUAAGCGACUUCAAGAGUUGGAAUGCUCUAGCGGAGAGAGCUAAACUGCUGUGGAACAACGCAUAUUUCUAUAAUGAGGAGGGCAGCGAAAUCUAUGAACUGGCCCAAGAACUCGAAAAAGCAUUCAACGAGCAACUGAAGAAGGCCAAGGCAGUGGUUCAGGAGCCUGCGCAGCCCAAGAUCAAAUUGAAGGUUGGACAAUCCAUCGAUACCCCAAGUUCAUCGAAAAAAAUUACCAUCCUUGUUGGUGGCCGAGGAAGUUCUGUUGACUCACCAACGCCACAGACAGCGCAGUCUAUCGAACCCCCCGCUGGUGGCUCUCAUGUCAAUGGCAUGGCACGACAGCCUGUGCUCGACGCAGCACGAAGUGCCUCGGCCUCAAUGCCCUCGCCCAGCCCAUCAACGCAUGUUGGUCCCAAGGCAGAGGAAAGUGCGCGAGUGUCUCCCGCAGUGCUCGCUCAAACUCCUGCAGAAGCUCCUCCUGGACCGCCAACACCUGCCGUGGAAGCUCCACCACCGCCGCCGCCGCCGCCGCCUGGACCUCCGCAAAUACAGUCCACGAAUCCAAUGGCAAAUGGCUACGUAGAGCCGAAACGCCUCCGUGCCCCAGGAAAGGGUAUCAAAGACGCACUCAUUUCUAGACUUCGAAUCCAGCUCUAUCCCAACAUGCAACCCGGUGACCCCGUCCUCCUCGAUAUCCUUCCUCUUCCCCAUGAAAUGCAACAAUCCGGCACUGUCAACGUGCCCCCGAACAUCAACCGCAUCUUCAUUGUGCCAAUGCUCCCAGACCUCCUCCAAGACCGCCAGUACAGUCUCUGGGUUCUCAUCGACAAACAGCCUCUCAAGCCAUGCCCUCAGCCUAUCCCUAACCAACUGCCCCAGGAGCACGCAUUUGACGUUAUGCUCCACCCAGGCGUUAACGUCAUUGAGGCACACCUCAUCGCUGCCAUUCCUCGGCAUGAGCGCGUCCCAGGGGGGCCAGAGGUUGAACUAGAAGUGUUUACAGCUUAUGUUAAUGUGUUGCGAAAUUGA